UGGUGGUGGUCGGUGCAAGCAGGAGCCACUGGUGCCCCGUAAAGUGCAUAGCGCCGAAACGAAAGGAAGGCAGGAAGAAGGGAAGGUUGAGCCCGGGACGAGAGGACCUGACAAGUCUCCUCCUCAACGAAAUCUAACCCCGGGAGCGCGCGGGGUUACUCAUCACGCGCGCGAUAUUCGUUCACAUUGCCAGCGAGGAAAAAAAGUAACGUGCCUUCCUUCGCGACGAGAGCUGCGGAGCCCUCCGCUUCCAUCAUCGGCGAUCACGACACGGGCGAGCACGAUGUGAAACCACGAGGCGCUCGAACAAAAUCCCGGAGCCUGUCGUGCUUUCCCGCAGGGAUUAUCUUCGAAAACGUUCGAGUGCAUCAGCUUAUUCCUUCCGACCUCAACUUCGAUGAUCAAGCAGACCUGGACACUUUGACAUCUGACACGAGAAAACGCUUAAACACUGACAGAAGAUGGUCCCUGUCGACGAUCAACGGGGGUAAAGCAUUCGCGAGGAAGAUAACUACAAUCGUAUAUACCUUCGAUGAUAUCUGGACGCAACGAACGAGAAGUACGAGUGAUUCGCGAUGUGGGUGUCCUCGGCAGUGUGGUGAGAUCGGUCCAGAAUGUCAGUGAUCGACAAAAUCGACGAAGGGAAAGCAUAUCGCGGCACGGAUAGCCAUCGACGACCGAUGGCAGCAUUUCGUCGCGAGUGUUAAAAGUAUCUUAUCGCGUGCGAGGCUAGCGGUCGCGGUGGUGGCGAGAUAUCGACCGCAGCCGUCGAAUUAAUCGUCGAAGGUCGCGAGCACCGCCUCGCACACUUCGUUGCCCUUCGCUCAAGCCGAUCGACGAUCCGACGCUCGCCAAAUCUCCAUCCAUCUCAAUGAAAACCAAACCGAUGACCAUGAUCCAACAUGGAUCUUCAAACAUCUGCCGAUUUACGGAUCGCACGAAAUCACGAGCUCCUUCUUUGAGCCGCUAUCCGUUCUCUUCGAUCUUUCUCGAUUCACCUUUAAUAGCGUAGAUCAAACGAUUCCCAAUUCUAGCAAUUUUUUAGAAAACGUCACUCGUGUUAGUUCGUCAUAGUCAUCACAAAUAACCGAGCAAUAAACAGCUUAUGAAUGAAAGUGAAGUGUGAAACUGUCCUCGUGCGUUCAUCUUCUUUAAGUAUGCCUGUUCGUAACUCACAAUAGAGACCAGCCGAUGCCCCAUGCGCUGUACUUCGGCUACGCAACUUCGCAAAAGAAUGUAAUCAUUAAAAUCGAUUCCAAACGUUACGUAAUAUAAAAUCGAUGUCAACACGAAUACAAAAUCGUUAUAUUUACGAACGAUCGAUCGCUACCGACAGCUCGACGUAUAGGCUUCAAAGUUUUUCUUUCGCGUUUCGGCGAUAGUGCCUGCACUUCCUUAUCCACACGGUCGGACAGAUCGAACUCGCACCGGGUCUAAGGACUACGACCGCCACGCUCCCUCGCUGUGUUUCGAGGCUGCGCGCGAGGAAACGCGUGGUUGAAUCGAAGCGACCCUCUCCGAACGAGACCCACUGACCUAUCGACUCGACGGGUUGCCACUCGAGGCCGUUCCAACUACCCCUCUUUCUACACUUUCUAUCCUGAUGUUUGUUUUUGUUACUCUUAUAGCUUUUCGAUCCAACCUACGACUUCUUGACUUCUCCCACUUUCGAACGCAUCAAAAAAGUCACUCGCUUCAUUCAUAAGCAUAUAAAUGACGCUUCUUCCUUUAAUGUCUUAAACUAAAAACCGUUGACCAAGAGAUUUUAGUGUGCACGGCGAUACUAAACAAUCCUUUAAAAAUUGCCUCUUUGAUUCCUUGUCAUCACUUCCACGUCCCUUUUUGAGCUGACAAACCUGAUCGCUUGGAUCCUACGAAAAUGAACCGAAGCAAAUGUUGGAUCGCACAUGGCGAAAAAUCGAUCAGAAGCAGAUGCACCGAGCUCGAUAUUCUUUCCGACAUCGGCGCGUUGUGUCAACGUAUUGCAAAAGCGUAUCGAUACGAGCCAGUAAUGACGAUCUAAGUGAACGUAACGAAAUAGAUAAAUAUUAUCAAUAUAAAGCAACCAGUCAACGAAAAACAACAAGAGAUUAAGAGUAAGAAGGAAAUAUUGCGCGCUUCACGAAGGAAGAUGCUUUAAAGAGGUUUUCUCUUUAAACGCCGAGAGACAAUGAUUCCGACGAAGAAAUGCAAAUAAAUCCCGCAAUAAUCCGCACAUAAAUAUUUACGUAUAGACGAGAGAGUAUAAUGGGAUAGAAGUCCGAAGCGAGUACUCGAGUAAUCUCGAAAGUGACUGACUCUAUUCAAACUGACUGUCCGAUUCAUUCAUCCCCAUCUCGUUGCUGGCCUCAACGAAACGCAACAACAACGACGCUGUCUUCGACAGUCAUCAUACGUAGAGAUGCCAUAACUCGUAUUAAGGUAUUUUUACUGAAAGCAAAUAUCCGCGCGAAAAAAAUGGCUGAAAGCGCAGCGAGUCCGGGCAACAUGCAUGCGAACAGUCCGCAACAGCAACAGCAGCAGCAGCAACAACAACAACCACCACCACAGCAGCCGCAGCCGCAGCAGCAGCAGCAACAGCAGCAGCAACAACAACAGCAAACGCAACAACCUCCAGAUAUAAGCAGUUCACAGCUAACAUCUCCACCGAUCACGGGAACAGCCCAGAUCGAGAUAAUCCCGUGCAAGGUAUGCGGGGACAAGAGCAGCGGCGUGCAUUACGGCGUGAUCACCUGCGAGGGCUGCAAGGGCUUCUUCAGGCGGUCGCAGUCGUCGGUCGUCAACUAUCAAUGUCCGCGGAACAAGAAUUGUGUGGUCGACCGUGUAAACAGAAACCGGUGCCAGUACUGUCGGUUGCAAAAGUGCCUACGCCUCGGCAUGUCAAGAGAUG